AGCACCAAUAAAUCUUUCUUGCUCCGGCAGUGGCCCUGAUGUGUUUGGGCUAGUGUCAAGCAUUUUAGAGGAGCCAAGCAAGCCAGAACCGGUUACAGAUUGGAAUUCUCUUUCGAGAUUAUUUCCACCUAUGUGGACGCCUGAUCUUGGAAGCGGUGGUGGAUUCUCAGGGCUCUCACCGAAGCACUCUGAAAGUAUUUCAAACCUGACGGGCACACAGAGCUACCAGCAGGAACAGUUGCAAAAGUCUCGUGAUGUGGAGCUGUUACACAGAGGGUUGGAAGAUCUCCACCUCCUGGAGUCUUGGCUUUCUCCAUCUGGCCCUUGCACUCAGCCGGAUAAUAUUCUGAAGAACUGUUACCCUGAAAAUUCCUCUUUGCAAAACAAUAAUACAAUUCAAGAAGGGUUUUCAUUUCAAAAUGGAGACUAUAGUCAGCAUUUGUGCUGUUUUGAUCACGUGAGGCUAAAUGGAGACUACGAAAAAAUCUGUUCCAAUUUCAGCCCUUUUUCUCCUCGGAACAGAACGAAACAAGGCUCUGACAUUCAGAAAGAGUAUUGGAAAACUGAAAGAGCAAGAGGCAAAGCUCUGAAAAAUGAUGCUCAAGAGCAAAAUUAUUCCCCUGAUCUUUCCAAUCGGCCUGUUGAUAACUCGUGGGAUAAAGUGUCCCAGGACAACCACUUGUUUUCUAAAAGAUACGAAAGCUUCACAGCAGCUCAUAAAUUGCAGUCCCCUGUUCAUCCUUCGCCGUAUUUUUUCAGUCAACCCCCUAAAGAAAAUACUUUGUCUGGAGGGACAAACAGAAAACCGCAGGAAACCCACGUGCAAAACGGUCACCGUAGCUUUACUUUGGGGGAUGCUUUUAAUAACAACGAGUGCAAGAUCCCUCUUAGUCCUAAAGACUGCUCUCCUAAAGAAUCCCAAUAUGAUUUGUCUGUAAAAACUGUUAUGCAAAAUGGGAGUUAUUCACCGUACCAUACAGGUACGUGGUUGGAUGGGAAAAUGGUAAAUCCUGCAGCUGCCUCGGAUGUUACGUACGGAAAGCAAGUGGGAACAAGUCCGCAGUCAUCUUCAGGGGUUUCCACCUUGUCUGGUGGUUCUCCCACCCAUCAGUCUUCUUACUACUCACACAUCUUACCUGUCCUCCCUUCGAGGAAAGAUGAAAGGCUGCCGAUGACGAAUGGUGUUUCUAAUAAUUUGGGAGUUAUGAAUUUCAUCUCAGAAAGUCGGAAGCAAAUGAAACCCAUCGGACAAUCGCAGCAUGAGUCGUUGGCUGAUAAGGAAGGGCGAUACCGUAAAUUCCCAGUGAAUUUUUCAUAUGACUGGUUAAGGCGGCACAAUGCUCUAAGUGAAGACCCUGAAAAAUACCACAGGUUUCCAAAAAAGCAGACCCAAGAAAAUAGUAAUAAAGAUGGUAGAAGAAGCAAACGGAAUUGGGUUCCUCAUUUUGGGAACACAGCCCCAAACCGUCAGCAGUUCAGUGUGCUCCGUAGAAAGCACGAACACAAUGGUGGCAGCGUGUCAGAUUUCAUCAAUCCUUCUUUUCUUCCUCCUUUCCCACUCAUGUCUGAUUUUAAGCCAGAUCCCAGCUUUACUCCAUUUGCUCACCAUCCGUUUUCAUCGGGAAAUAAUUUCGGUUUUCCUCCAUCGCCAUUUCCCUUCUCGGAACUCGUUGAUCUUUUUCAUUAUGAUGACUUUAACCAUUUGAAUCCCUUCAUCAACGACCUGUUUUGCGGGGAGCUCGCUGCGCCCUACUUCGCCUUUCCGACGCCGUUUAACAAGUUCAGGCCUCCAAGAAAUCGCAGCGGACCUGCUAACGAGCUUCACGUCCGACUGGAGGAGUGUUACGAGCAGUGGCGAGCUUUGGAGAAAGAGAGAAAGAAGACCGAAGCUGACCUUGCAAGAAACUUUCCAGGGAAGCGCAUAUCCAGCUCAAAUAACAUUCCCGUGUCCCGGCUUCCCGCUAACCCAUCGCGAGUCGAUCGUCUGAUUGUCGACCAGUUACGAGAACAAGCCAGGGUGCUGACAUUAAUAGGAAAAAUGGAAAAGCUUCGUGGUACCCCUGUGCACGGCAACAUCUCGGCGACGCUGGAACGCCACAGGGAAGCCAUUCACGUAACGCAGGCGAGGCGGAAGGAUGAGAUUGUUAAUGCUGCCAACCCGCAAAGACAAGGAGCACCGCGUUAUAAUAACGAGAAAG